AUGGAUGAGGACGAGGCAACAAGACUAGGCGUGUUGGAGCGUCUCCAAGCCACCGGGCGGCCGGCCACCGCGGAGGACCUGGCCAGCUCCCUGGGCAUCCCUGGGCGGGUUGUGGUCGGCCUGAUGGAGCGGCUGGUGGCCCAGGGUGUGGCGGAGGAGGUUCCGGCCAACUCCUCCCAGAGCCCCACCUACCGCCUGGUGCAGCCGCGGCGCCGCGCCCGCAACGGCAGCGGCGGCGUGCAGCCCAAAGUGGGGCGCCCCGGCCCCAUGCACAGCCCCACCGCCGCCCACCAGGCCGCCCAGCAGCACCCCUACAUGGCAGGCAUGGUGCCAUACGGCUAUGCCCCCUACCACGGCCAGCAGGUGCUGUACUACCCGGCAGGCAUGGCGCCCUUCCAGCAGCAGCCCAUGCCCGCGGGCGCCCCGCAGUGGCACCGCCCAGGCAUGCCUGGCGGCGCGCGGCCGCAGCAGCAGCAGGCCGGCGGCGGGCCUGCGGGCGGCAUGGGUGUGGGGCCCAUUGGGGUUGCGGGCCCUCAGCACAUGGGCUACCCCAUGCAGCCAUACUAUUACGCGGCGGCGGGGGCGCCCAUGCCCCUGCCGUCCAACGGCCAGCCGCGCCCGGCGCCCAUGCCGCGCGCCGCCAGCGGCAGCAGCGGCAGCACCGGCUGGGGCGGCGUGCCGCUGUCGCAGUCGUCGGCGGAGGUGAUGGUGGGGGCGGUGCCCAGCCCGCGCAGCACGCAGAGCAUGCAGAGCGCGCAGGAGCUGCCGCCCGCGGGCAGCUCCCAGGAGCUGCCGCUGGCUCGCUCCAGAGCUGCCAGCAGCGGGGUGGGAGACAAGGAGGAGCCGGCUGUGGUGGCGGCAGCGCUGGCAGCGGCAGAGGGCCAGGCCAGGGAGGCGGUGGCGGUGGUGGCUGUGGCGCAGCAGGCGGCGGCGGCGGCGGAGCCCGAGUCAGCAUCGCAGGCGGGCCCCAGCAGCACAGAGGGGGGCAGCGAGGAGGACGGGGAUGCGCAGCAGCUGGCCGGCUCGGUGGCGGCGGGCAGCAUCAGCAGCAGCGGCGGCGAGGGCGCCGUGGCCGCGGCGGGCAGCGGCCGCCGCACCGGCAGCUCAUCCGGCGGCAGCAGCGGCGGCAGCCGGCGCAGCAGAGGCAGCCGCGAGCGCCAGCCCUGCGCCUUCUUCCUUAAAACAGGCACCUGCGCGUACGGGGACAGCUGCAAGUUUGCGCACCCCUUUGACAAGGCCCCCAAGGUUGACUGCGCCUUUGGCCACACCUGCAAGUUCCACCACCCCGAGCUGCCCCCCGGGGGCCCCACCGCGGUGCCGGCCAUGUACGCCAUGCAGUACCAUGUGCAGUACCAGCAGACCGCCUCCUCCCCCAUGCUCACCUCCCUGCUGGGGCUGAAGCCCGGCCACGGCGGCGCCUCCCCCAUGUCAGCCUCCCCCAGCGGCCCUGGUCCGGUCCCGGGAUACUACAUGGCGGCGCCGCCGUACCCAGGGGGGCCGCAUGCCUUCCCCGGCCGGCCGCCAGCGAUGCACCCAGUCUUCUCAACAUCGCCGGCAGGCAUGCCAGGCGCGCAGAUGCUCCGCGGCCCCACGCAGCGGCCCCAAUCUGGAGGCAGCAAGACGGGCCCAGCCAUGGCGGCAGCAGCAGCGGCAGCAGGCAGCAUGGGACCCGUGCCAGUGCCGGUGCCCCUGGCAGCAGCGCAGCGCCCAGAUUCCGCGCGCGCCGCAGCCAGCGAGGCGGCGGCUGCCAGCCCGGCGCCAGCCCCUGGCUCCAUCUGCCACUAG